UGGCAUCACUGUUACAUAAAAUACCUAGCUAUUUACUUCUGUUUUUGAUUACUCACAAAAAAGUAAUUUAGUUGGGUAUUAAAUCUUUUAGGGUGAAAAGAUUUAAUUAUCCUUUUUAAAUUAUAAAUUUUUUUUUUAAUUCGGGACAUUUCGAAAAAUGGCAACAGAAGUUGAAACUCAAGGUGCUCCGCAGAAGUCUAAGAAACCUUCAGAUUCUGCAUUCAAACAACAGCGACUUCCUGCUUGGCAGCCCGUGCUAACAGCCGGCACUGUAUUGCCUACAUUUUUUGUAAUAGGCAUACUGUUCAUACCUGUAGGAGUUGCGCUGCUUUAUUUUUCCGAUGAAGUCAGUGAAUUUGUAUAUGACUAUACCGACUGCAAGCAAGUUGGCCGUAACUUAACUUGUGCUGAAUACUUAAAAUCUAAUUACAGUGGCUCUUGUAAUUGCGAGAUUGAGUUUGAGUUACCUAAAGACUUUGCAGGAAAUGUUUACAUGUACUAUGGACUCAGUAAUUAUUAUCAAAACCAUCGACGAUAUGUAAAAUCUAGAGAUGAUGAACAGUUGUUGGGACGAUUGUCUGCAGAGCCCUCAACAGACUGUGUUCCAUUUGCAUAUGUUGAGGAACUCGGCGUUAACGUACCUAUUGCACCAUGUGGAGCGAUCGCCAAUUCACUUUUCAAUGAUACGUUAACAUUAAAAUUCGGUGAUAACGAUGUUCCACUACUUAAUACCGGCAUCGCUUGGCCCUCCGACAAAUCAAUUAAAUUUAAAAAUCCUCCUGGAAAUUUAUCUGAGGCUUUAAAACAUUUCAGUAAACCAAAGUUUUGGCAAAAAGAACUCUGGCAAUUGGAUCCGCAAAAUCCUGAAAACAAUGGAUUUCAAAAUGAAGAUUUAAUAGUUUGGAUGCGCACUGCAGCAUUACCUAGUUUUCGCAAACUUUAUCGACGUAUUGAUCACUCCAAGCCAAAUUUUCAAAAUGGGUUAAAGAAGGGUGUUUAUACACUGAACAUAGUAUAUCAAUAUCCCGUUAAAUCUUUCGAUGGUUCAAAGAAAAUGAUUUUAUCGACAACUUCAUUACUUGGCGGUAAAAACCCAUUCCUUGGUAUUGCAUACAUUGUUGUUGGUUCCAUCUGUUUAGUUCUUGGUGUAGCCUUACUGUUCAUACACAUCAAAUGUAGCAAAAGCACUUCGGAAAUGAUAAACGUCAACCCGCGUACCCCAUAUUCGUAAUUGCCUUAAAUUAAUUAGUACGAACUGACGUAAAAAAACUUAGCAAAAAAAAGUUGAAUGCUUAUUUUAAAUUAUUUAUAUGUGCGUAAUUUAAAUUUACGAACAACUUGUCAAGACCUUGUAUCUUAAGUAUAAUUCACAGUAUCUUAGUUGUAAUAGAAGUAGAUUAAGCACGCAUCAUUGUGGUUACGUUGGAUUGUUUUUGUUGAAUUUUAAGUUUUAAGCUUUUUAGGGACGCUGCUGAGAAACGUAAACUUAACAUUGAGUCCUUGUUAUUUCUGUUAUGAUCCCUCAAACAUCUCAAAAUUAGUUUUGGCAAAUGAUGUAGUAGUGACCGAGCAAAACUGUGAGAAGUUUUGUAUUCAAGAAUCGAGUGUAUUCUUGAUGUAUUUAAACUAAAUGCAUUAGUCUAGGACACAAAAGUAUGUUUAAUUGUUUCGGCGAUUUAUUGGUGUCCAGUCAAUUAUGGGAAUUUUACCUUCUUUGCUAUAAGUGUUAAUAAAAACUGUGCAAGUUAAAAAAAAA